GUCCAGCUGAGCCAAGAUGGCGGACGUCGACGAACAGCUUACUGAUGAGGAGAAGGUCCGCAUUGCUGCCGGUUUUGUUAUCCACGCACCACCUGGAGAAUUCAAUGAAGUUUUCAAUGAUGUCCGGCUACUGCUCAACAAUGACAAUCUGCUCAGGGAAGGGGCGGCUCAUGCCUUUGCCCAGUACAACAUGGACCAGUUUGCACCCACCAAACUUAAGGAAGAUCAGGUGUUGAUCACGGAGCAUGGAGACCUGGGAAACGGGCGCUUCUUUGACCCGCGAAACAAGCUCUCGUUUAAGUUUGACCACCUGAAGAAAGAGGCCAGCGACCUGCGGUCCUACGAGGGUGAAUCAGCUCUGGAGCCGUGGAGGGACGCAUGUGACACUGCGCUCAGGGCCUACAUCAAAGAUCACUACCCUACUGGAGUGUGCACUGUUUAUGGGAAAACCAUUGAUGGCCACCAGACAAUCAUUGCCUGCAUUGAAGGACAUCAGUUUCAACCCAAAAACUUCUGGAACGGUCGCUGUCGGUCCGAAUGGAAGUUCAGCGUGUCUCAGGGUGUGACUCAGGUGGUGGGUGUGCUCAAGGUCCAGGUGCAUUAUUAUGAAGAUGGCAAUGUGCAACUGGUCAGCCACAAGGACAUUCAGGAGUCUCUCACUGUUUCUAAUCCGAAGCAGACUGCUGAGGAAUUUGUUAAAGUUAUUAACAACGCAGAGACUGAAUACCAGACUGCAAUCAAUGAGAACUACCAGAACAUGUCGGACACCACCUUCAAAGCCUUACGCCGACCGCUUCCCGUCACCCGUACCAAGAUCGACUGGAACAAGAUCCUCAGCUAUAAAAUCGGCAAAGAGAUGCAGAACGCUUAGAGCUGAGCCGGCAUGCCUCCCCCUCUGCUCGCAGCACAAGCCAAGAAAUGACCUGCGGGGAGCCUGGGCUUGAGCUCGAGGCCGGGGCCAGGCUUGGGCACAGGCACUUAGGACAAAUGUGCUAAGAAAUGUCCUUAUUUCCUUUUACUGUUUUGUUUUGUUUUUGUUUUUUCCCUAAAAGCCAAGGUUUAACCUCAGCUAAAGAGACUGCCUCCUUUUCUGUAUUGUCAGAAGGCUGUGAGAUUGUUCUGUUGGGUGUACAGUAGCAGUGGUCCUUGCUGUUGAACCAAUACCUCCUGCAACACCAGUGCACAGGGUCAGAAAUGUUAUACUUUUUAUCCCCACCUCCCUGAUUUAUACGCAUCACUCAGAGGAGUUUCUGGACACCGCUUCAAUUAUGUCCUUGACCAAAUGUUUAAUCUCCACUAAUUAAAAUGCUGUUUUUAAAUACGCUUUGGUAUAGAGUUUAAUUUUAUAAACCUUCUUGAAAGUUAUUGAUUUUAAUCCAAAAUUCCAGGUUUUUUUCUUUUUUUCAAUCUUGAGCAGAUGGGUUUUUUUGUAUGAAGAAGGUUUAGGGUGAUUACUGCUUAGGUUAAAGCCUUUUUUUUUGCCACUUUGAAUAGCCUUUACACACCUUCAUUAACAUUUACAUGAACUUGAUUUGGAUGAUAAAAAUAGUUAAAUAAAUAAACAAAACUAAACUAAAUCUCUCAAGACCUCUAAAAGUGCUAUAUAUAUAUAUAUAUAUAUAUAUAUAUGUAUAUGUAUGUGUGUGUGUGUGUGUGUGUGUGUGUGUGUGUGUGUGUCCACAUUAUUGUCCUCAAUUAAAUUUUUUGAAAUUGUUUCCGCAAUUAGCUUAAACUAAUCUGCAGUCCAAAAUCAAGUCAUUUAAAGUUGUAUGUUUAAGUAUGUGUCUUUCUUUUGGCAAUAUUACACCUCUCUGUCCUGAAAACUCCUCAGUACCUGAGUGAUAGAAGCAUAUUUACACCAUUUAAAGCUCCACAUACAAAAUCACUGCUAUUGGAAUAUAUUAUUAUGGACAAUAACUUAAUACUCUAGUUAUCAUUUGUGAGGUGUGUGUUUGUUUCACCCGACAAAUGAAAAUUGAACAGGGUUUCCUGAUGCCUCUUUUAUGCCAGUGUUUAAUCAGCACAAUAAUUUCUUCCCUGAGAGCAGUGUUUAUUGACAGUACUUCUUAAGUGUACUGCCAUUUGAAAAUUUGCCAAAACAAAACAAAAAAACCCCCACCAACUGUGGUCGCAAUAUCGCCCCCUGGUGUCUCCCACUGGUAGCAUUACUGUAUGCAGUUCCACAGUUUAGCCUCAGUUUCUGCUUCCUUCCCGAGCAUUUGCUAUUUUUUUAUAUAGUGUAUGAACAAAUAGGAUUCCGGACAAAUAAAGUAUUUGCACCAACUUG